AUGUGCUGGAAGCCGAGGGCCUCAAACAAGAAGUCGAGGCAGGAUGCGGCAGUACACAACGUUGGAUCACCCUUCGAGAGGAUCGCCAUCGACAUCGCUGGACCAUUUCCCGUGACAGACGCAGGGAAUAAAUAUCUCCUGGUGGCCAUGGAUUACUUCACGAAAUGGCCAGAAGUAUACGCCAUACCAAACCAGGAGGCAUCUACUGUGGCAGGAUGCUUGGUGAACGACUUCGUCUGCCGGUACGGGGUACCCCGUGAGCUACACAGCGACCAAGGGACGAACUUCGGUUCUAUCUUGAUGAGGGAUGUUCUUCAGCGUCUGGGAGUGCAUAAGACACGGACAACCCCGCUUCACCCGCAAUCCGAUGGGAUGGUUGAGAGAUACAUCAAGACUCUCCAAGAAUGGUCUUCGGAAGAGAACUUCGGCUACCAAGUGAUCUCAAUGUUCGGCCUACCACCUGACAAGGAGAGGCCAGCGACUGACUUCGCCUCGGAACUCGUUGAUCAAUUGCACGACACUCACGAGUUUUGCUCGCCAGCACCUGAAGGUCGCCAGUGA